AUGUCUGGACCUGCUAAUACUAUAACAAUAUGUAUGAAAGAUGAUUACGUAAUUGAUGUCGAUUUGGUUCCAACAUUAUCAUUUGAACUACCUAAACAGCCUUCUGAUACAAAAAUAGAUUUUGAUAAAGUAAAACAGACUAAAAUUUCCUACUAUUUUGCAGUACCAAAGCCAAGUAACAAUGAUCUAAGCUGGCGAUUAGCUUUUCCAUAUCAAGAACGAUAUUACACGGAUAAUACAAAUAACUUAAAAAGUGCAUUAAAACUUUUGAAACUGUUUCGUGAUAUUCAGGGGUUUAAUAAAUUAGCUAGUUAUUUUAUUAAAACUUUGUUUUUGUGGGAAAUUGUAGAAAAUGAUCGGGAAUUUUGGAAAAAAAAUUCUUUGAACUUCUUAGUACUCCAUAUGCUGAAAAAGAUGCGAGACAGUUUGGCAAUUGCAACAAUAAAAAAUUUUUGGUGUCCUGAACAUAAUCUUCUUGAAAAAAUUAAACAUGAAACCUGUGAAAACUGGAGUAAUCGCAUAUCUAAUAUAGUAAAUGAUAUAGAACGAAAUAAGGUACAUAAUCCAUAUAUUGUGUUAAAAUACUUCACAAAAAUGACGAUACCGUGCACCUAA